GCCGGUCUUCUGCAUCGCAAAAACGCCGCCUUCGGUCACGUCAAAUGGACACCGUUCGCAUAUUUUCAUUUAUUUAUUUGAAAUUAAUUUUCGGCCGCGUAUCCCGUCAGUUUCCUAUUUCGCACACUUUUAUGAAUGAUACGCGAAAAUAUCAAUGGGUACCGUCGAAUAAGAAGGUGUGUGCGUGUGUGUGUGCACGCCCAAAAAAAGAACUAAAAGCCGGCCGAGUUCUGCCACCUGUGCCGAAUAGAAAUCCCGAAGAAAUCGCCCAAAUUGAAAACGAAUAUAUUUUAAUAGAUCGGAAAAGACGAUUUAAAAAAACACUUUUCUAGCACUAAACGGGCGACCGAACGAAUACACUAUAUUCACCCGCCAUCAGCUGGUUACAACAUCACAAAUACGUCGUUUUCGAUAGGUUCUCCGCCCUCUGCACCCCAACAGACCAUCGUUAUUAUCGUUAAUACAGUCCUGAUCACUACCGAUGCGUAAACGGCACUGUAAUACGCGUUGAUUUGCGAUUUUUUUACAAUAAUUUUCGCAUUCGAUGCCGUAAAGUACCUUGGGCUGAAAAUAGAUGGGGGGGUACUGCGUGGAUCAAUACAAUUACGCAACGGCCACAAUGUACUUUAGGAGACACAAAUUUCGGCACGAGAUAGGGCCGGAAAUUCACCCGAUAAUUUUUAAGCGCAAACUAAACGGUGAAACGUCAAAAACAAUCUGCCAGAAAAUUUUCUAAACGUAAAAGUACGCUCAAUUGUUUCACGUUGUCCAAUUGGGUUUCAAUAUUCCCCUGGACUGACCAAUCGCGCGACAGCGUUACAGAACUGACAAACAGAUCUCCUUGAAAAUGUAUGGCGUUUACUAUUAUCAAAUGUUUGACAGAUACAUAACCUAAAUUAAUUGUCAAACGUCAACGUUAAAGAGCCGUUUGUUCGUAUUCUUUUUAGAUUAUUGGUGUCGUUAUUUAAUGGCUAUUUUAUUAUCAAUGUUAUGUGGAUUAUAUUUUAUAAAAACUGAUCAACUUACAAAGCCCUCUCAAAUGUUUGAUGUAUAUUUUACGUACUACAUUUAUUGCUAAACGUUUAGAAUUUAAUUUUUAAAUUAAAGUAUUUGAAAUAAAAUGUCUUAUUCUGAUACAACUUGCCCUGGUUAUUAUUGCGGCAGAACAUUACUUCCUGAUGGAAAACUGAGUGACUGUGGAGCUUGUCCCAGGGGAUCUCGACGUAAUGACACUAAUUUUCUUUGUGAACCUUGUUUGGAUACACCAACAUUUUACGACUGGUUCUAUUUGGGGUUUAAUGUACUUUUAGUUUUAGUUUUACAUUUGUCAUUUAUCGAUAUGGUUAUUAUGCGUCGGAGGUUUAAUAAAGCUAUUAUAAUUUUACACACAACAGCUAUAUUAGAAGUUAUAAUUUCUGGGAUAGUUUCUUUACUUUUAAUGCAUCCGCAAGGUGAAUUCAAAAUUAAUAUUUGUAAAGUGAGAAAUCUAGCCGAUUGGUAUACAUUGUGGCAAAAUCCCAGUCCUAAUUAUGAAAAACAAAUUUAUUGUACUCAAGAAGCUGUGUAUCCUUUAUAUACAAUAGUUUUUGUAUUUCAUGUCUGUGCACUAUUUUCAAUGUUACUAAUAAGACCUUGGAUAUGUAGAAUAUAUUAUCCAAUGCAAAGUAAAAUGUCGGUAUAUGCUGCAAUGUAUUUUAUACCAAUAUUAAUGGUCGUACAUGCACUUAUUGGAGGAUUAUUAUAUUAUUCAUUCCCUUAUUUAAUAGUUAUAUUAUCUGUAAUUUCAUGUGCGUCACAUUUCGCAAAAAAAUUGGAUCAAUCCGCAGCAUCUUUGAUGAUAACGACCGUUUUAGUGCCAAGAAAUAUGAUAAUAGUAAUAGGUCAUUGGAUAAUGCAUGCUUAUGGGAUAAUAUCAAUAACUCAACUUACAAAUCCAACAGAUCACGCCUUACUUAUUUUAUUAAUUCCAGUUCCAACAUUAUUUUAUAUUUGUACCGCCAAAUUUACAGAUCCUAGUAAGUUUCAUGUAUAAGAAAAAAGAUGAUAUAUUAUGUAAAUAACUUAUUUAUUGAAUAAAAAAUAAGAUUUUAGUUUUAAAA